CAGGCGUUUGGGAGUCGCUCCCGCCCCGCUUCCUGGGCCGCCUUCUCCACCGGGCUCGGGUGGGGCCCGGAGGCGGCGAGUGACAGCCACUGCGGGCCUCGGGAGCCGGGCGGGUGGCAGCCAUGUCGGACAGCGGGGCGAGCCGCCUGCGGAGGCAGCUGGAGUCGGGAGGCUUCGAGGCGCGGCUGUACGUGAAGCAACUGUCGCAGCAGUCGGACGGCGACCGCGACCUGCAGGAGCACCGGCAGCGGGUGCAGGCGCUGGCGGAGGAGACGGCGCAGAACCUGAAGCGCAACGUCUACCAGAACUACCGGCAGUUCAUCGAGACGGCGCGCGAGAUCUCCUACCUGGAGAGCGAGAUGUACCAGCUGAGCCACCUGCUGACGGAGCAGAAGAGCAGUCUGGAGAGCAUCCCGCUGGCGCUGCUGCCCGCCGCCGCCGCUGGCGCCUCCGCGGGUGAGGACACGGCGGGCGCGGGGCCGCGGGAGCGCGGGGCGGCCCAGGCGGGCUUCCUGCCCGGGCCGGCGGGCGUCCCUCGAGAGGGUCCCGGGACGGGCGAGGAGGGCAAGCAGCGAACGCUCACCACGCUGCUGGAGAAGGUGGAGGGCUGCAGGGACCUGUUGGAGACGCCAGGUCAGUACCUGGUGUACAACGGGGACCUGGUGGAAUACGAGGCGGACCACAUGGCCCAGCUGCAGCGCGUGCACGGCUUCCUCAUGAACGACUGUCUACUGGUGGCCACCUGGCUGCCCCAACGCCGAGGCAUGUACCGCUACAACGCGCUCUACCCGCUGGACGGCCUGGCGGUGGUCAACGUCAAAGACAAUCCUCCCAUGAAAGACAUGUUCAAGCUGCUCAUGUUCCCGGAGAGCCGAAUCUUCCAGGCGGAAAAUGCCAAGAUUAAACGCGAGUGGCUGGAAGUGCUAGAAGAAACGAAGAGGGCGCUCAGCGACAAGAGGAGGCGGGAGCAGGAGGAGGCAGCAGCCCCGCGUGCGCCACCACCGGUCACUUCCAAGGGCAGCAACCCGUUUGAGGACGAGGAUGAGGAAGAACUGGUCACCCCUGAGGCUGAGGAGGAAAAGGUUGAUCUUUCCAUGGAGUGGAUUCAGGAGUUGCCCGAAGACCUGGAUGUUUGUAUUGCACAGAGGGACUUUGAGGGUGCCGUGGACUUGCUGGACAAAUUAAAUCACUACCUGGAAGAUAAGCCCAGCCCACCUCCUGUGAAAGAACUGAGGGCCAAAGUGGAUGAACGGGUGCGACAGCUCACCGAGGUGCUUGUGUUUGAGCUCUCCCCGGAUCGCUCUCUGAGAGGUGGCCCGAAGGCUACUCGAAGGGCAGUGUCUCAGCUGAUCCGGCUGGGCCAGUGCACGAAGGCUUGCGAGCUGUUUCUGAGGAACAGGGCAGCAGCCGUACACACCGCCAUCCGCCAGCUUCGAAUUGAGGGUGCCACUCUGCUGUACAUUCACAAGCUGUGCCAUGUCUUCUUUACCAGCCUCCUAGAGACGGCAAGGGAGUUUGAGACAGACUUUGCAGGCACGGACAGUGGCUGCUACUCUGCCUUUGUGGUCUGGGCAAGGUCUGCAAUGGGCAUGUUUGUGGAUGCCUUCAGCAAGCAGGUCUUUGACAGCAAGGAGAGCCUGUCCACAGCUGCUGAAUGUGUGAAGGUAGCCAAGGAGCACUGCCAGCAGCUGGGAGAGAUCGGGCUGGAUCUCACCUUCAUCAUCCAUGCCCUGUUGGUGAAGGACAUCCAGGGGGCCUUGCACAGUUACAAGGAGAUUAUCAUUGAAGCCACCAAGCACCGAAACUCGGAGGAGAUGUGGCGUCGGAUGAACCUGAUGACUCCCGAGGCCCUGGGCAAGCUCAAGGAGGAGAUGAGAAGCUGCGGGGUCAGUAACUUUGAGCAGUACACGGGAGAUGACUGCUGGGUGAACUUGAGUUACACAGUGGUAGCCUUCACCAAGCAGACUAUGGGCUUCCUGGAGGAGGCCUUGAAACUGUACUUCCCAGAGCUACACAUGGUGCUCCUGGAGAGUCUGGUGGAAGUCAUACUGGUUGCUGUGCAGCAUGUGGACUACAGUCUGCGGUGUGAGCAGGACCCGGAGAAGAAGGCCUUCAUCAGGCAGAAUGCAUCCUUUCUUUAUGAAACCGUCCUCCCAGUGGUGGAGAGGAGGUUUGAGGAAGGUGUGGGGAAGCCUGCCAAGCAGCUGCAGGACCUUCGGAAUGCAUCUAGACUGCUGCGGGUGAAUCCUGAAAGCACCACUUCUGUGGUCUGAGGCUCUGGUUCGCUGUGUGUGUGUGCGCGCGUUGUGUGUGCGUGUCUGGGUGUGCGUGUACAUGUACUACAGAUGAUUGUAUUUACAUUACAUAAUGUCAAUACAUUCCUCAGAGACACAAACAGCAUAUAAAAGUGUCCUCUUAAAAAUGCAGUCAAAAGAAGAAAGAUAAUAUGUUAAGCGCCACCCCUCCCUUCAGUAUUGGGAUUGUUAGAGCACAUACCAUGGUUUUCUUGGGUUUUUUUUUUU